CCGGUCAGCGGGUGCCCGAUCGUGACAGGAGCUGGGGACGAGGCCAACACGGACCCUCUGGCUGCUGGGAAGGCACGUCCCAGUGCUCCCAUUCCACACCGGUUCUUCCUGCUGGUCCCAGUUAAAGUGGCCGUUUCCAUUCACAUGAAGAGCUCUCUAAACCUAACCCGGUGUGUUCUGCAGCUUUCUCCUUGAAUGUUUUAAAAUUUUGGUCACAAAAGCCCAGCAGAAGGGAAAAAGUCAUAAGAAGAUCUACACAGAGACAAGUUCUAAGAUUCUUUGGUGUAUGAAGCAGAUGUCUCAGACACGAUUGAGUACUCCUGUCCAGCAGGUUGAGGGAGGUGAAUCUCCCCCUCUACUCCACUCUAGUAGAUACCCCAUCUGGAGCACUGCAUCCAGUUCUGGAAGAAGCUCUUCGCCAUGAGCUCAGAGUUAAACAUUGCUCUUUACACGGUUGCCAAAAGAGAGAAAACUUGCCCAUGGGAAGAGAGGAAGUUUCAGAAGGAGUGGGAGGAGGAGAUGAAGGCUGGCUGGAGUUCUACUGAGAUUUCUUGGGCUCUUCUUUGGCAAGUGGAGAAUGACAGAAAGAAGUUAACUGCAAUGGACUGGUAUCCUGCUGUUACUGUCUUUGCAUAUCCUGAAGACACCCUCACAGCUCACACUGAGAGGCAUCAUUUCUGAGCAUUGAAGAGCUGCCAGUCACUUAAUGACCAAAUAAGGUCCCCAUUCUCAGGAUUCAUCUGAUAUGCUUCUGCUGGAGCCAUGGAUGAAUACAAUCGCUUUGUGGAUUGGGACAAAAUGGAUAUCACUACCCAGAGUCAGGAUGCGAAGGAGCUCACCUGCUCAGAGUUCCAAGAGCUCAAGCAGCUGGCCAGACAGGGCUACUGGGCCAAGAACCACUCUCUGAGAGCCAAAGUGUACCACAAACUGAUCAGCAACAUCCCGUGCCGCACAGUGACCCCGGAUGCAAAUGUGUACCGGGACAUAGUUGUGAAGAUUGUUGGAAAACGUAACAGUAGCUCCCUUCCCCUGCCAGAGUUUGUGGAUAACAGCCUGGUCCCCACGUACUGCUUGAAUGCUGAAGGCAUCGGGGCAGUCCGGAAGAUUAUCUUGUGCAUUGCAAACCAGUUCCCAGACAUAUCAUUUUGCCCAGCCCUGCCUUCCGUGGUAGCUUUGCUCCUCCACUACAGCCAGGAUGAGGCAGAGUGCUUCGAGCAGGUCUGUCGCAUCCUGGCUUGCAAUGACCCCUCGAAGAGACUCAUCGAUCAAACAUUCUUGGCUUUUGAGUCCUCCUGCAUGACUUUUGGUGACCUGGUUAAUAAGUACUGCCAGGCAGCACAUAAGCUGAUGGUGGCAGUGUCUGAGGAUGUGCUGGAGGUGUACUCUGACUGGCAGCGGUGGCUCUUCGGGGAGCUGCCUCUGGUCUACAUUGCUCGGGUCUUCGACGUGUUUCUGGUGGAGGGCUACAAAGUUCUCUACCGUGUUGCACUGGCUCUUCUGAAAUUCUUUCACAAAGUCCGAGCUGGGCAGCCAAUGGAAUCCGACAGCAUCCAGCAGGACAUCCGAGCUUUUGUGAGAGACAUUGCCAAGUCAGUGUCUCCAGAGAGGCUUCUGGAAAAAGCCUUUGCUAUCCGCCUUUUCUCACGGAAGGAGAUCCAGCUUCUGCAGAUGGCCAAUGAGAAGGCUUUGCAGCAGAAGGGCAUCACGGUCAAACAGAAAAGUGUUGCAUCUCCCAAAAGGCAGAACGUGCACUUAGCAGUUCAUGCUGAGAACUUCAAGUCUGAAAUAGUCAGUGUGAAAGAGAUGCGAGAUAUCUGGUCAUGGGUCCCAGAGCGAUUUGCACUUUGCCAGCCCCUCCUGCUUUUCACCACCUUGGAACAUGGCUGCAGCCUGAGCAGGUUCUAUUCUCACAGUGAGGGACAAGAACCAACUCUGCUCCUCAUCAAGACCACAGCAAAAGAGGUCUGUGGAGCUUACCUCUCAACUGACUGGAGCGAGCGCCGGCGGGGAGGGAACAAGCUGAGUUUCUUUGGAACUGGGGAGUGCUUCGUAUUUAGACUGCAGCCAGAAGUGGAACGCUAUGAGUGGGUAAUCAUAAAACACCCAGAACUGGCCACAACUUGUUCAGAGCCAGAAAAUCAUUCCUCACCAGCUUCCAGCACCCUCUCCUCCAGCACUGUUCCAUCAGACCCCUCAGAUCGCCUUUCCCCCUUCUUAGCAGCUCGGCACUUCAACUUGCCUUCCAAAACAGCCUCCAUGUUCAUGGCUGGCAGCAGUGAAUGCAUCAUUAUAGGAGGUGGUGAUGGGCAGGCUCUUUACCUCGAUGCAGAUCUGAACCAUGGAAGAACCAGCCACUGCAAUACUUUCAAUAAUCAGCCAUUGUGCUCUGAAAGCUUCCAGAUCUCUGUCUUGGAGGUGUGGGGCUUCAGGGACACCAUGAAUGGUUGAUGUGACUAUCAUUAAUCAACUAGUUUUUCCAAUGUCCUAGGAUUCCCAAGGCAAAUUCUAAUGCAGAAGCCAAGUUAGAAUGUCAUUUCUGCUGGGCCCAGUGUUUUUAGUAAUUACUAAGUGGUGCACUUGAAUGCAGGGUUUAGUUGUUUACUCUUAUUUUAUUUAAGAGAGGUCAAGGUGAAAUAAUAUAUUGGAUCAACUCCUUAGCCCUUUUUCUCUGGAGAUCUGGAUUCAGGUCCUGUUAUUAGGUAAAAACAAAUGGUUCCAAGUCAUCCGACUGGACACCAGUCCGUAUGGCAGGGCAGGUCUGCAGUUUGGUGCAGUCCCUCCAGGGCUCAGAGCUGGCUGAGGUGCUCUGUGGAGCUGUGUGCAUCUGCCCUGAACCACUGAUAUCAAAUGUCUGCUUGCAGGGAACAUUAGGACCUCACACUUGAGGCAGAACAGCAGUGGAUAAAACAUGUCCCUACCACAAGCAGACGUUGUGUGAACCAUUUUGUAAGUGAUGACAGCCCCUCCAUUCGUGCAAGAACCUGAUUGCUACUUAACCUUCUCCUUCUACCUGAAGCCUGGCACAUUCCAGUUGCAUCUCUUUAAGGAGUCUGCCUCUGAGGAAGGCAUCCAGGCUGGACAAUUAUAUCUCAAAGGCUUCAUUUUGUUUACAUUCGUGUUCCAUAUCAGUAUCGUGACUUCAAACUGGCUCGUGCUUCAGGCAGCUGAAGGCCAGAGCGUAGAUGCAGCACUCAGAAACUUCCCUGUCUUCAUCUUUCCUGGAAGCUGCAAUGGAGCUUUAAACCUGAGAGGAACUGUGCUGAUAUCCCUACACCUGGGGAAUUGGAUGUGAGGCUCUCUCCCCACUGGGAAGUGAAGGGAGGUGGGAGGGAAUUCUUCUCUGUAAUAUUAUUCUGGGAGUGGAUGAGUUUCCCAGGAGAACUCUGGGUGACCCUAUUUCUCCAUGUCAUGAGAUGGCUAUUUCAGGACAUACAACAGGAUACUCUCAAAGCCUCAGUAAGCAGUUCACUAGUAAAAACAUUUACCACAACAGAUAAAGGGAAAGAGGAACUGCUGGUUUUUUUCAGCAGUUCAAUCUAAACAGUUGCUUUAGUGAGGGAAAUGUUAUUACUAUUUGAACUUGACGUUCAUUAAAAGGCAAAAUAAAAAAUGUAUAGUGAUAGAAUCUCAGCUAGGCUGAACAGAAUCAUGUUGGUAGCCAGACUAGGUAGAGGUCACAGGUGAGUCUUGUUGGUCAUGUUGGUUUGGUUAACUUGCCAUCAAUGAAGAUACCACAUCCAGCAGUCUUUUUAGAACCUCACUGUAAGCUGGAUUGAACGGGGAGACAUCACUCAGUGACAGGUAUGUGCUUUGGUGGGGAAGAGCAGUCAUGUCUGGCUCUUUACCAAUACUGGCUGACGCUGCCUUCUGUUAUUUUUUUAAAGCUAGCUGGAUCACUUUGCACUUGCUGGUGUCCCACAAGCUCCCUCAGACAAAAGAAGUCACUCAGAAAAUGUUUCCCACUUAGUAGGUUCUCCUCAAGGUAGGUGGGGUUUCAGUUUUUCUCUCAACUCCCCUCCUUCAAGCUUCUCUCCUGUGUCCUUGGAAAAAGAAAAAAACAACCAACCACAAACAAAAAAAACCCAACACAAUAGCAUUAAUUUCCAGCUUGUUAAGUUGUCAGAAAUUCCCUGUGUAUUGGCAGGAUUUGUGGGACUGUAGUAUUCCACUCCAAAGGAAGAGGUUGUACCUGCAAACUCUUCCCUGCGGCUGGCAGUGAGGAUGGGAUUUUCUUGCUCCCUCUCAGCCAGACCCGAGUACUGUGUGUUGAGCCAUCCUGAUGGAACACUCUUCCUUGCCCUGCUCUGUUCUUGGUGCACAGGGAUUUGGGUGUUUGAAAUCAGAAAUAACUCCUAGCUACCAAAAGGGGUCUUGUAACUUCUCUAGAUGACCAGGCAGCCUUUGGCACAGGACUGAAGUGACUCUUCAUUCCUGAAGCAGUCGGUGUGGGUCCAGGGUGGGGGUGCUUGGGGCAGCCAGAGUGGUCUGAGCUGUGACCUGCGUGAGCCUGCAGAUCACAGCAGGGGUAGAAGGGUCAAUGGGUGAUCCUCUUCCUGCUGGCUCUUCCUGUUCAUAUCAGUCUUGAGAGAUAUGUCACAGGGAUGGUUUUGGUUUAAUAGACCCUAUCUUGCUGCAGACAUCCUGCAGGACCAGCAUGUGUGUUAGAAAUUUGAACAGCCUAGAGAGAGGCUGUAGUCAUCUUGCAGAACUGUACAAUGCUGUGUCACCUUCACACAGUCCUUUUGUUCAGUAAAAAUGAAUGUUUCUUUUCAUGUGCAAAUCCUCACUUGUGAUUCUCCUUGUGGUUCUGAGACACCUUAGAGGAACAGCAUCACGACUCGGUUUUCUUUCCAGUAGCAAAGAGACAUUUUGUUUGUGUGCUUAAUGGUUGUUGCUGACCAAGUGUAUAUCAAAGUUCAAGUAAUUAAGCCAACAGCUUGUGUCACAUGAAAAACUCUCGAGGUGGGGACCACAAACUGUUUUUUAAGACAGUUACUACAAUGGGCACCUUAUCAGAAAGUCAGUUAUCUGAAGUACCCCUGUUCUGAAGUGCUUGGGUCACGUUGUAACUGAACAACUGUUGGUGUUCACAGUCCUGCUGGCAGCAGUGACAGCGAGGGUGCCAGUGUCACCUGAUUAGCUGUCUGUGUGGGGCACCAGCUACCACAGUUCUUCAAGAGCGUAUUUUCUUUCCCAAGAAGCCAUUUUUGCUUUGUGACAUUUAUUAUCUUCAAGGCAAAAAAGACAUCAGAAAUUUAACUUUAUUUGUCAAUGGCAUCGUAGCUGUUUCCAGGCCACAGGAACUGUUCCCAGUCAGGAAGCAGCUGUGCCAGGCUGGGCACUGCAUCACUGCACCCAGAGCCCUCAUUCCUAUGCUUUCUUUUCUGAUGAAGCAUGUUAAUUGGCCUAUUGCUAAUAGAGGCCAAUUAACAAAGGGAAGGGAAAACCUCCUGUCUCCUCUGUGUUGAGAUAACUGAAGACAUCGGGGGGGAUGGGCAGUUCUGCUCUUUUAAAGAGUUAAACUUCAUGCCAACAGAGAUCUGUGUUUAGGCACUUGCAGAUUGAUCAUCUCUUGUGUGUGCGCGUGGGAAUGGUGUGCUUUGUCCCUGGAAAGCUGUCCUGGUGGCUGAGGGCAGGGAGCUGUGCUGCCACAGCUGACCGGGAGCUGGGCUGAGCUGUGCUGCUGCUGGGCAGGUGGGAAGCUCGGGCACCUGGCUGCUUAUGUUGAGCUGCCCUUCUGCCAGCUCCUCGUGAACUUCAGACUAUCCAUAGUUGAUGAGUGUGCGUGUUCCUUGGGGUGACGCUUGUCUUCAGAUGAGUGCUGGUGAACUGAUUUUCUAUCCUAUCAUUGGAAUCACUGACCUAUGUUGAUGGUGUUUUUGUCACUGUGCAGAAUCGUGAAUUAUAUUAAAAGGUAUUUGACUGUGGAGGCUA